GGUGGAUGCUUGGCGCAGCAGCCUCUGCUCCCUUCCUGACUCGGUGAAGCUGACAGCCGCCGUCGUGCAGGACCAGAGAGCUUUUGGCGGUUGGAGUCAUGUCGGCAGCUGCUCAGGGGACCAGCAGAGCGGCCCACGGUGACGUGGGCCCGAAAAAGAAGAGAGGACCGGGCGCCCUGGCCACGGCCUACCUGGUUAUUUACAAUGUUGUUAUGACAGCCGGAUGGCUGGUGAUCGCGGUGGGUCUGGUUAGAGCUUACCUGGCCAGAGGAAGCUACCACGGCCUUUAUUACUCUAUAGAGAAACCGCUGAAGUUCUUUCAGACAGGAGCUCUUCUGGAGAUCCUGCACUGUGCUGUAGGAAUCGUGCCGUCCUCUGUGGUCCUGACGGGGUUCCAGGUCAUGUCUCGGGUCUUUCUCACUUGGGCCGUCACUCACAGCGUCAGAGAGGUGCAAAGUGAGGACAGUGUGCUGCUGUUCGUCACAGCCUGGACCGUCACAGAGAUCAUCCGCUACUCUUUCUACACCUUCAGCCUUCUCAAUCAUCUGCCGUACCUCAUCAAAUGGGCAAGGUACACCUUCUUCAUCGUUCUGUAUCCGAUGGGAGUGAGCGGAGAACUGCUGACCAUCUAUGCAGCUCUGCCGUACGUGCAGAAGACGGGCCUGUACUCCGUCACCCUCCCCAACAAGUACAACUUCUCCUUCGACUACUACACCUUCCUCAUCCUCGUCAUGAUCUCUUACAUUCCCCUCUUUCCCCAGCUGUACUUCCACAUGAUGCGGCAGAGGAAGAAGGUGCUGGGCCACACAGACGACUACAGCAAGGUGGAGUGAGCUGCGCGGCGCUCCGAUCGGCUCACACGAGAGGAAAGCAACCAAAACAUCCCAUAAUGAACAAAUCCGUGUUUUUAGUUUUCAAACUGCCAAAACACACCCCCACCAGCCCCUCUCCACCCUGUAGAUCAUCCUAUCAUCCACCCACACCAUUUUAAUCGUUCAAAUUUUUACAGCAAUUUAAGGGAGUCAUACAGACAUUCUGGAUAAACCUUUGGUUUUUUUGCAUAUUUAUAACAAAUUGUGAUUACCUUGAAGCUUAAAGAAAUGAUGAGCUGCUCUGUGAGCAUUGAGCAGAGCUAAUCUAAACAGAAGGAUACACUAAUUGACCUUUGACCUCCUGAUUAACGACACUGAAAUGGAGAGUUGAUUCAGAUUCUCACCUCCCACUGACGUUUAUUUGUUCAUUUAUUUUCUUUGAUCGCCUUCUGCUUUGCUUUAUGCUGCCGUAACAUAGAAAGAAUAAGUUGGAGCCUAACACUGAACGUUGGUGUCUGUAGGUUUUGCGUCCUUUGUACAAAUUGAUUUGAUGAUUUCCACUUUAUGUAAUUUAUUGAAAAGUUUGGCUACAUUCCACAUUUAGCUCAAUAAACCUUUUUUUUCCAUCCCAUGCCUGCAUGCUUGUUUUUAUAAUUAUUAUUUUAACUUUGUGGCUGUUUGUGUUGUGCUCGUUUGGCUUACGUUAGACUACAGUGUCUUGCUGAAGUACAAGCUUUGAGCCAAGGAGAAAUCUUUUCUACACAUUUUGGGAUGAUUUCAUGCGAUGGAUCACCACACGGCUGGCCAUAAUUGUGAUGCAGGAGUAAUGUAUGAUUUGUUUUUUGAUUUUUUUAAUUGUGCAAUGUAUAUUUUGGAGAACCACGUCCUCCCACAAUUAUCAACCAAAACUUUCUUCUCGCCAUUUCUAUGUAAUUUUCACAUUUAUGGCACAAAAUCUCGUUAAAAUACUCUGAAAUGUGCGGCUGUCACGUGGCGUCAUCUGAAAAGGCUGAAGGGGCUCGAAUACUUUUGCAAUGCACUAUGUAGUGAUUCUUUUGUCUGCUCUUUCCACCAUGAAUGGCGUCUUGCAUGAUCUGAUUGUUUCUUUGGUUUAUGUUCAAAAACCUUGUGUUACUGGAUGCAUCCAUCUUUGUUUCCACAUUUCCCUUCUGUUCAAAGUGAUAUUUUGGACUGAACUUCUUGUUUUGUAGAUUUUCACCAUAUUGUUUCCUUUUACUGAAGAAGAAGAACUAGUGGUGGUACAGUUUGGCAUAAAAACAACUGAUAGCACAACAUGCUGUAGCAAAAAGUGUUUAAAAAUAAGAUGAGCUUUGAUUAUGUAAGACAAUUGUAGCCUAAAUAAGUGUUGGAUGUUUAAAUUUGUUGACUUCAAUUUAGAAAAAAAAAGAUGACAGAAUUGCUUUGCUUCAAAUGUGGUUAAAUAUUGAGGUGUGUGAGCUGAAGUAAUAUUCUCAAGUGAAGAGCUUGUGCUUGUGGGUGAUUUAUGUCUUGAUUUUUUAUUUUUAUUUAUUUUUUUAUCUUUCUCUUUUCUGUGAGCUGAAACUGUCACUUUAUGAGCUAACAAAAAGACUUCAAACUUUCUACCUUUCUGCUAUAUUUUGUUUUAUUUUUGUAAGACUAAGGUACAGACCUCUGACACUUAUUCUGAUAUCGAGCCACGUAAAUGUCUGGAACUUGGAGUAGGACAUCUGAAGGUUAGAGUUUUAGUUUUCCUCAAACAUGACGUCCAUCAUGCAGCGAAUCACAAAAUGGUUUGCAACCGUUUUGUUGUUUUUUUUUUUUAAUGAAAACAUCAUUUGUCAGUGGUGUCACUCUACUGACCACGCUGUUUGUAGCUUCUAUGUUUCCAUCUCUGAGAAGGAAGCUGCAGGAAACACUGCACUGUGUGGAUUUCACACUAUGAUGGAAAAGCUGUUUUUUCGACGUCUAUUGAUUUUUCUGUGAUAAAACGACAAAGUGGUGCAUAAUUUCAAAGUGGGAAGAAAACAUCAAUAUUUUUAAAUAAAGAAAAAAAAAAGAAGUGAGAAGUGUAACCUGCUAGACUUUACAUAGACCAGUGGUGAAAGAGGCUGAAUACACUUAUUUUGAUAUUUUUUGUUUUUUUGCUGUAUUCUUUUUCGAACGUUGUCGUUUUUCUUCUGCUUCACAACCAAGCACUACUUUGUGCACCUCUGUCGCAUCAAAUCUGAAAACGCGUUUCAGAUUUGAUGCAGUAGCAGUAACUGGGUGGGAAUGCUUUUCCAAAGCACCGACUGCUUCCCUUCACUGAGGAAUCCGUUGAUGUUUUCGAACAAAGCCGACACCUUCAAGUUGAGAUCGAUGUUUAUUUCAUUUCCUUUGACGCUGAUCUCUCUCUCCAGAACAGCGGUGUCAAACUCAUUUUUGUUUGGGCCAAAUCAAGGUCAUGAGUGCUCUUAAAGGGCCGGUUACGCCAGAGCGUACUGAUAAAACCUGAUCACAAACUGUUGAUCAGGUUUUUAUCAAUAAAUUCUGAAAAUCAAGAAUCAUCUUUUUGGCCCCUCCAGGAUUUUGUGAUUCUUAUGUUUUUUGCAAUAAAAAUUAGUGGUACUAAUUUGAAAACAUUUGUGAUAUUUACACUUAUUUAUGAUGGUAAAUGUGACAUUUUAUCACUCGUUGUGUAGCUCAUGGACUAUGAUCUGACAUUAAUUAGAGCUGAGGCAGCUGUUUCGUACAAGUAAGAAAAUUUGACAAUUUUGGAGAAAAAUUUGCAAUAAACUCCCAAUUAUGUAUUAGCGCAUAAAAAUGCGGGGAUUUGUUGAUUUUGCGUGAACUUCCACGUUAAUUCUCAAGAAACUGGAGGGACUGAUGUAAUUUGGGACUAAACAGAUAACUGCAUUGAUUUGAUUGAAAAAAUAAUUAUUAAGCACACUUAAAUGCUUAGUCUGCAUUCUUGAGGGCCACUUAAAAGCUACGGCGGGCCAGAUUUGGCCCACGGGCCUUGAGUUUGACACCUGUGCUCUGGAAAACCAACAUUUCCUGCACUGCAUUCAGAUCUCCUUUGUGGUCGUGUCGAAGCAAUUGGCUGUUGCUCCCAUUCUCCUUCAUCGACGGUUGAGCAUGAUUUGACCUCGCUUGUUGGAAGUACUCGGCACAACACAACUGAAAACUGCAUGAAAGCGGUGAUGUAGACGCCUCGAAUGAUGACUUUUUCUCACAACCCAAGCGGAAACAAGCAAAAAAAAAAGAAAA